AUGGUAAAGAGCAUCACAUUUCCGGCUGACUUCAGAGGUAUUCAGGCCAAUCACAAUAUGUUCAUCAUGAGAGAUCAGAUGAAUGUGACGUGCUGUAAAUCAGUAGGAACUGAUCUGUCCAUGCUGGAUAUUGAUGAUUUGAUGACAGAAAUCUCUCAGCUGAAGAAAGAGGUGGCGUUACUGGAGUCAAAGCUCAGACAGAGAGAUGAACUCAACACAAAGGAUGUAUCUGGUGUCUCUCUCUGUGACUUUACUGAUCAAACAUCUACAGAUCUUCUGGUUUCUGUCUGUAAUGAAGACCAGAAGACAUCAGUGAAUCUGCUGGACUGUGGGAUAGAAGUGAAACAAGAAGACACAGAAGCAGAUGAAGGUUAUUUGAUUUAUUCAGAUCAGAAAGCGGUAAAGGAGGAAAUUUCACAACUCAAUGAAGUGGAGGAGAAACCUCAUCAUUUGAUACCCAAGGAAGAAUCUCUGAGCUGCUCGAUUACUGUAAGGAAUUCAUCACCUAAAAGGAACAACAAGCAAAAGGCAACAGCCAAUGAUGCUCUUAUUUGCCCUCAGUGCGGAAAGACCUUCAAUAAAAAAUGCCACCUUAAUGGGCACAUGAGAAUCCAUAGUGGAGAAAAACCUUACAGAUGUGAUCAGUGUGGAAAAAACUUCAAAAAUAAAUGCCACCUUAAUCAACACAUGCAAAUUCACACUGGAGAAAAGCCUCACACAUGUGAUCAGUGUGGAAAGACUUUUAAGAAUAAAUGGCACCUUAAUGAGCACAUGAAAACCCACACUGGAGAAAAACCUUACAGCUGUGAUCAGUGUGAAAGAUCCUUCACUCGCAAGUCUGACCUAAAUAAGCACGAGAGACUUCACACUGGAGAAAAACCUUACAGAUGUGAUCAGUGUGGAAAGAACUUCAAGAGUAAACCGAACCUUCAUCAGCACAUGCAAAUUCACACUAGAGAAGAGUCUUACAGAUGUGAUCAGUGUGGAGAAAACUUCAUUAGUAAGUCUGACCUUAAUGGGCACAUGAGAAUCCACACUGGAGAAAAACUUUACAGAUGUGAACAGUGUGGAAGAAACUUCACUCGCAAGUCUGACUUAAAUAAGCACUUUCGAAUUCACACUGGGAAAAAACCUUACAGAUGUGAUCAGUGUGGAAAGAGUUUUAUUCGUAAGUUCGAACUCAACUGCCACAUAAGAAUUCACACUGGAGAAAAGCCUUACAGAUGUGAUCAUUGUGGAAAGAGCUUCAUUCGUAAGAUUGAUCUCAACAGGCACAUGAGAAUUCACACUGAAGAAAGUCCUUAAAAAAACCCUGAUUUUCACAUUUGAAGAUCUCGGAUGCAAAAGCCACUAUACGCUGCCUCCAUCACAUAUGCAAUAAUGAUAUGAACUGAAUGAUCUUGGCACACAUAUUAUACAUUCAUGAAAUACUUCUGCUUUAAAUUGGCUUAAGGUCAUUCAAGCUUAAGGGGGCGUGAACAACAAAGCUUUUACACCCGCGGCAAGUGCAUGUAUUCAAUUAUUUCCAAUUGAAGCUCUGCGUUUUUCAAAUAAGCCAGCAGCUAGCAGUUUUCUUCUGCGCUAAAAACUGGCGCUCGGCAGUUUUUCCACACUCGGUGCUGAGCGCCGAGAGUUGAGAAAUAUUCAACUUUGGGUGAAAAGCUCCGUUCGUCAAUGUCAGUUCUCACAUGGUCGUCCAAUGACAGUGGAGGAGGGGUGGGACAAGUAUCACAACAACCAACCGGCUUAAAGUUCAAGUUUCACAGCUAAAAAGCGCUUUGCUGAAGAAAGCUGGCUUUCCAGAGGUGGAGAGUAAUGAAUUAAAUUUACUUGAGCGCUGUACUUGAGUACACUUUUUGAGUAUUUGUACUUUAUUGAGUAUGUGUGAAUUUUACUUACUCGUACAUUUUGGUUUACUACAUUUAUUAAAUGGUCCCAAAUUAAAAAGCUGUCUCUAUGUAGCGGAUUUUCCUGUUUGCGCAUUUUUUCUGGCUUGCGAUCUGCCAGGACCUUUAACUGUUGCCAAGUAUUUCAGUUUUUUUAUGCAAAUUUGGCAACCCUGGGAUCAGAGAAAAUGGAAAAGAUAUACUUUUCAUUCAGUGGGAGAUGGCGCGUGUGUGUGUGUGUGUGUGUGUGUGUGUGUGUGUGUGUGUGUGUGUGUGUGUGUGUGUGUGUGUGUGUGUGUGUGUGUGUGUGUGUGUGUGUGUU